AUGGAUAAAAACGAUCGUGAGGACAUUCGAAAAGGCGUGGCAGGGGGGAAUUCCUACCUCCAAAACCUCUCCCUUUUUUUAGGGUCGCGCGAGGAGGAAAAUCAAAUGCUGCGAGAACUACGCACGGCGCGUCACUCAAGCGGGAUACUUUCCCCGCAAUCACCUGACGGCGUCGUUGGGGAAGGAAUGGGUGCGGCGCCGCCGUUGGGGUGGAGCUCGCGGAUGCUUUCAUUGCUGGCGAAUCCAACCCACCACACAGCAUUCUUUGAGGUGGGGGAGGGAGACGCGCGCACGAGUAAAGACGAUCAGCGUUUCCACGCGUAUUUAAAGCGGAUCACGUGGGUGGAGGAGCAGCGCGGGGCGGAACAGACCUGGGGCACCUUAACGGCGGGCGAGCGGGUGAAGGCGGAGCUCGCGAACACGAUGAGGCGACGCGCGACCUUCCACCGCACGCGUCCCAAAACACGGGGGGACGAAGAGGAAGAAUCUUGA